CACUCUCAGGCCUGCACAAAACCUUUCUGGCUCUCCCUCCCCGCCCUACACAAACAACUCAUCACAUCACAUCACACACACACAGCGAACACGAAUCCAUCUAUCAUGGAUUCAUGUCAGAAUUCUCUGCGGCCCUGCCUAGUGCAGCCCUCUCGUCAGCCAAACCCACACGCCUCAGCAGCGCCUCUUCACACUCACUGACACCACCCCCACCCCAAGUCACUCCCCCACUGUGUACGACCAUCGACGCCACCAGCAGAGACACAAACUCUACGAAAUCGGUAAAGGUCAGCUCCAUGUGCUGGGCGGGGAGGGCGGGGAGGUCCCGGCGGGCCGCCAGCUGACGGAGCACGGCCUGAACACACACACACACACACACACAGGGAGAGAGAGAGAGAGAGAGAGAUGCGCUGUAUGUCAGUCAUGUCAGUCAUGUCAAUUACCGGUGCGUGCCUCUCUGGCGGCCACGGCCGGGUGAGCCCAAAGUCCUCGGCAAAUCUCAUGGCAGCACUCCCAGUCAUGACGGCCAUCCCGCCCCCAUCUCCCCCCGCACGUCUCUUUGCGUACACAUCGAACACGGCCAUCAAGGCGUCGGGGUUUAUCGCCUCCCACACCUGCUGCAGCACCUCGGCCGUCACCCGCAGCGGCCUUGUGUGGGGCUCAGGUAGGGCGCGGGAGGGGGGGGGACUGGCGGUGGUGUCUCCCUUCUCUGCUGCUGCUGCUGCUGCUGCUGUUGCUCGGACCUGGCGGGCCAGUGGCAGCAGCUUGGUGGUGAACAGCUGUUUUUGGGAGGAUAUCUGCGCGGCGCGAGAGAGCGAGAGAGAGAGAGAGAGAGGAGAUGCUUGGUAGAGCUCAUCUGCGUCACGGUGUUGUCACUGACAGGAUCGUUGGAUGGGUUUUCGAUGGACGCGACGACGGCCAGGGCGUCCUUGAAGCUGGCGAAGGACAUGACGGCCGCUGACCAACGACCAACAGAGAGAACGGUGAAACAGACUACUCAAGCUCUGUCAGUGGUGCAUGUCUGUCUCACUUUGGUUGCGAGCCGCUGCGUCGGCAGCCAGCUGAUUUCUGCAUCCAUGGGAAUGAACCACACAGGCGCCUGUGUGUCUCCAUUGCGUCACAUUUGUCUGGUUGUGGUGUCUCCCUACCUGAGUUGGUCCCUGUGUGUGGCGCAGAGCUGCCCGUCGUCACACAUCUUGAGCAAGGCCUCCUCGUCGAUCCAGGAUAUAUCCUCGAUGGAGACGCCGUAGUGCGCAAACAGCACCCGCAACGUCGAUCCACCCUGCAGACACAGCACAGCACAGCAUCUGUCCGUCUCCACACAGCUACAAAGCUGAGCUCACCCUUCAGCGGCUUUAUCGUCGCUUUGCGCCUGCGUCGGCUGUGUGGGCUCUUCCCGACCACCCACUCCCACUCCCACUCCCUCCCCCAUCUUUGGCGGUGUCCACAGCAGCCUCUCAGACCGCAUCGCCGUAUCCCCCACAGGCGGCAAGUCAGCAUCACCCUUCUCGUAAUCUGUGGUAAGGUCGGCGGUGGAGGUGGGGGAGGCAGCAAUGCCGAAGCAGCCAGGGGUGCUUGCGCGGCGGGCAGCAGUGGAGGUGAGAGGGGCGGGGAGGGAAUGGCAAAGCGAAACGGGCGGCCCGGAGGCGGCGGCCAUCUCAGCUCAAAAGCUCCCAUUCUCAUGUCCUCGACCUUCCUCCGAGCCGCCCUGCCCCUCUGCACGCGCUGUAUCGUGACUGCCGCAUCCUCCCUCCGCCGUCUCUCCCUCUCCACUUCCCUCCCACCCAAUGUGCUCACUCUUCCCGCUGUGGUGCGCCGUCUCCUGAUCUGCCGUCUGCCGCCACGAUAUGGCCGUCCCGGUGAGAGCUGCGGGGCCGGCCCGGGCGAAGAUGGAGGGCCGAAUGACAGCUGCUGGGCUGUGGGCGGGGCUGUGGCUCUCUCGAGGGCGUGGGGGGACCGUGUGUGUAGGUGUGAUGGUGGGAGUGAGGGCGUCAUGCGGACGGAGGGGAGGCCGCGGGGGCCCUGCAGACGAGGCGUCAUAUGAGGGUCGGGCAUACCCUGCACAGCACAAGAAGGAAUGCUAUUUGACAUCUAUCGUGUGUGCAUGUGUGUGUCAGAGUGCCUUGCGUGUCUCUGCUCACGUGUCUCGGCUGUGGCGUGAAUGACGGUGGCGGCUCUCUUGGCGUCUUGCGGAGCUCAGCGGGGAGUGAGGGCUGGGUGACGGCUGUGGCAGGUGAUCCGCCCAGCAGACUUUGAUACUCGGACUCGAGGUCUCUUUGAAGCUGACACAACACAAGACACCACACGCGUAGAGAGAGAUGUUUCCACUGUCUUGUCUUGUCGGUUCUGUGUGUGUGUGUGGUGUGUGUGGUGUGUGUGCGUGUGUUUGCCUACCUCUCCGACUCUGUGUGUGAGCCUCUGCAGGUGAUGCUCCUGCACCAACGCCUGCAAGCACCACACAUCCAGACAUACACACCAUACAGACGCACACACACACAUGGAUGCCGUGCUGUGUUGUGCUUCUGUCCACAUACACACCAUACACACCUUGUCUUUCUCCCUGAUGGCCCUCCAGUAGUUGUGAUGGAUCACAUCGGCCAAGGCCGCAGACCUCGCGUAGCGGUAGGCAUAGCCCUGUCGAGACGCCUCAAUCCCGUGGGCACUUCCUGCGCCCGCCCAUCAGCCAUCCCAUCCAGUGUGGUGGGUGGGGGGGUGUGUGGAUGUAUGUAUUGCUCACGGGCGAGUCUGUCCAUCUCCUCUGCCUCCCGUGAUCGCACUUGUCUGCCUGGGUGUGGCUGCUGCCUCCGUUGCCAUGACGGGUUAGUCUUGAGGUCGUGCAGUGCCUCGUCGAAGCCCAAUAUCUUCAGACGAGCCCCCUGACAAUCACAAUCACAAGUACACAGACAGGCCGACAGUGAGAACGAAAGAACCUGUUAUAUCUGGUUGAUUGCUGGCUGGUUUGUGUGCCUCUGGUGGCGGUAUGUGUGGUGGUGGGGGGCGGUCGGGUGUCAGGACGAGUGGAGAGCCCCUGAUGUGCUCGCCGUGGAGAAGAACUGCACAGACGCAGGGAGGCGGGCAGGGAGGGAGGGAGGGAGGGAGACAGGAAGGGAGACACACGCAUCGCAUGUGCGGUGCCUGUGUGUCUGGGUGUCUCUCCCUUCCUUCGUCACUCACUGUGCAGGACACAUUUGAGGAAGGCGCAUCCGUACUCAGGAAGAGCACAAAAUGAUAUCGUGUACUGCAUGGGAUGAACAUACCAACCAUACAAACAAACAGCCCGCCAGCCAUCCCGCAGACACUCACUCACAAGAUAACAUACCUCUCCUCCCUCCCUCCCUCCCUUGCUCAGCUCACGGUUCCGUUUUCAUUGUCGAUGUUUCUGAUGAUGCGCAUCGGCCCCACGCCCCGCACACCAAAGGGGUCCCCCCCACGCUGCAGCGGGUUGCCAAACCGAUCACGGGCCUCUAUAUACACCUCCUGGACGCGACGCCACAAUAUGAUAUGAUCGAUGCGUGGCGUGUGCAGUAGGUACCUGUGGGUGUCCGUCCACGCUAAAUGUGGGAGGUACAGUGCCUUCAGGGAGACACAGCUGUGAUAUCGACGCGAAGGCCUCGCCGGGCUCGAUGGCAAUGCCGAAGGGGAACCCUGUUCAGUCAGGAUGGCGAGAGGGACAUACACACAUGCGCUGCGUCUGCACGCACUAAUCGUUCACCUGGCAAGGGCACAGGGGGGUUGGAGACCGUGUCCUCAAUCAACACAUACAGAAGGUAAAACCCCGGAGUUGUGCGCAUGUACCGAACCUGGCAGAACAAACCACACACACACGUCCUCCAUCCCAUCUUCCCCCGACAGACAUGCACGACUGACCAGGUAAGUCCCGUUGCCGUUGUCCUGUAUGGCUGGCCGCGGCUCGAUGCGGUCGCUGUCCCUCAUGCCGUCCCCCUGCAGGAUGGGCACGAUCGGUGGUGUUGGCACCAUGUCAGGGACAUAGGCAUCCUCCGCCUCGCCCCCUGCUGGCUCAUGUGGCUGCUGCUGCUGCUGCUGCUGCUCGCCAGGCAGGAGUUGUCUCUCGAGGUAGACGAACAGCUUCAGCCCGCCCUCCUGCAUGCUGCGGCCGUGGCUGUCGACAGUGUACACCACAAACUGACAGACAGACAGACAGACAUACAGACAGACAGAGAACGAAACAUCCAUCCAUCUUUGUGUAUCUGAUCUACGUCGAUCGUUGUGGUCUGUGAUUGCAUUGCCUACCUCCAGAGUGUCGCCCUCCCUCCCGCCCUUGAGCCCCCUCCCGUGCGCAUAACACAGCUGCGGCUCGACCGUCGCGGCCGCCUCACACUCGCCUGUCUCGAUAUCCUACACACCACACCCGAUGGGGGACAAAUGGCCGCCACGCCGUCGAUCCUUUCAGAUUCACGCAUACCAUACCGCUGCUGCCUGUGGUGGCAGGGGCGGCAAAUCGUCCCUUGGCAAGACAGCGUUGGAGGCGCUUUCCUGUACCUCCCGCAGCAGCGUCCCGAAGCGGACCGACGUGCCGAAGUCGGUCGACGGAGGGGCGAUCUCUGCUGAGCCUCCUGGUCCACCGCCGGUGCGCACGUGUUCAUUCUCGAGAUAGGCUGCACUUAUUGACAGACAGCAAAUCAGACAGUGGCUGCCACUGUCCUGGUGUGAGAGACGUGACGUGACUGACCCUGGAGCGAGUGGAUUCUGUCGGCUUCAUUGAGAUCAGCAAAUCCCACCUUCAGCGGUGUUAAUGCCCCCUGCUCAAGUCGCACCAAAGACACACGACGGGCUGGCAGUCAGUGCAUGAACCAUCACGGUUGCAAUCCAACGUGCUCCUGACCCUUGAAGUUCCUGGAGACGGCUCUCGACCAGUGGAUGUCAUGGCAGUGCUGCAAAGGUCAUACAGCGACAAAACGCACAGAUGCGUGCAGCGCUGAAAUUGUCAGCUCCCUGCAGUUUCCUGCGACAAACCUGUUUCGUUUGCGCUGGGGGCGAGACUGGGGGCGAGGAGCCCGCGGCAUCAU